AUGAAGGCCGGUCUCAUGCUUCUGUUGGCGCCGCUCGCCGUCUCGGCAGCGCCGGCGCUGGACAGCCGCCAGGCUUCGCAGAGCAUCGACAAGCUGUUCAAGGCCAAGGGCAAGCACUACUUCGGCACCUGCACCGACCAGGGCCGCCUCCAGGCGGGCAAGAACGCGGCCAUUAUCGAUGCCGACUUCGGCCAGGUGACGCCCGAGAACAGCAUGAAGUGGGAGAGCAUCCACCCGCAGCAGAACACGUACAGCUGGGGCCAGGCCGACUACCUCGUCAACUGGGCCACCCAGCACAACAAGACCAUCCGCGGCCACACCUUUGUCUGGCACUCGCAGCUCGCCGGCUGGGUCCAGAACAUCAGGGACAAGAACACCUUGACCAAGACGCUGCAGGACCACAUCACGACCGUCAUGACGCGCUACAAGGGCAAGAUCUACGGAUACGACGUGUGCAACGAGAUCUUCAACGAGGACGGCAGCCUGCGCAGCAGCAUCUGGUCGCAAGUGCUGGGCGAGGACGUGGUCAGCAUCGCGUUCAACGCGGCGCGCGCGGCCGACCCGAACGCCAAGCUGUACAUCAACGACUACAACCUGGACAGCCCGAGCGCGGCCAAGCUGACCAACGGCAUGGUGGCGCACGUCAAGAAGUGGCUGGCGGCCAACAUCCCCAUCGACGGCAUCGGCACGCAGGGCCACAUCACCAGCGGCCAGGGCAGCGGCCUGGCCGGCGCCAUCAAGGCGCUCGCCGCCUCGGGCGUCGGCGAGGUCGCCGUCACCGAGCUGGACAUCCAGGGCAACAACGCCAACGACUACACCGCCGUCACCAAGGGCUGCCUCGACGAGCCCAAGUGCAUCGGCAUCACCGUCUGGGGCGUCCGUGAUCCGGACUCGUGGCGGCCGCAGGGUAACCCGCUGCUCUUCGACAGCAACUACCAGCCCAAGGCUGCCUACAACGCCAUUGUCCAGCUGCUGUCUCAGUAA